AUGUCUUGCCCGGCAAUCACAAGACCUGCCUUUGAACACCACCAUAAUGGCCUCGGCGUAGCAACGUCAAGGCCAAGAAUCUCAUGGCGAUUCGAAAGCACCGAUGAGACUAUCGCUGGCUGGGUCCAGACUUCUUACGAGAUCGAGAUCAAAUUCGCUUCUGAAGAGAAGCCCCAGAGCUUUGCUGAGGUCAGCGACCAGUCUGUGCUUGUGCCAUGGCCAGCAAGGGACCUGGCUUCUCGCGAAGCUGCCACAGUCCGAGUGCGGGUGUAUGGGGACAGUCUGGUUAAAGAGUCCUACGCCAACAGAGAGCCAAGUGGGUGGUCUGAACCAGCAACUGUGGAAGCCGCGCUGCUGAAUCAAGACGACUUCAGAGCCAACUUUAUCACAGCAGCUCAGCAAAUUGGACCUCACGGCCCGUUGCGACCUAUUCGCUUCCGAAAAGAGUUCACCUUACCUCGGGAGCUCGAUCUCAGACCCGCUUCAGCUCGAUUGUACAUCACAUCGCUGGGUGUAUUUGAAGCCUGGAUCAACGGGAAGCCAGUAACGGAUGAGUGCAUGGCCCCGGGCUGGACUAGCUACAAGCAUCGUCUCGUCUAUCGCAUUCUUGACGUGCAAAAGCUCUUGAUUCCAGGGGCCAAGAAUACGAUCUGCGUCGAGGUUGCGGAGGGGUGGUACGCCGGACGCCUCGGCUUCAAGGGCGGCAUUCGAUUUCGAUACGGCGACACUAUCGGGCUGUUUGCACAACUGGAAGUUAAAAGAGGGUCUGACACGCCAUGGAGCCUUCUUUCAGACGAUUCUUGGUCUUGUGCUCCGAGUGCGCUUGUCAGAAGUGAGAUCUACGAUGGAGAGGCGUAUGAUAUGCGGGAAGAGAAGGGGAAUUGGAAGUCCGCGGAAGCGACUCGGACAGCAUUAGCCACAAGACUUCUCCCAUGGCCUCAAGCAACAAUGGUAGCACCAGACGCGCCGCCAGUCCGAGUCAUUGAGACGAAGCCUUGUAUCAAGGUCUUUCAGAGCAAGACUGGAAAGACUAUUCUCGACUUUGGCCAAAAUCUUGUCGGUAAGCUCUUCGUCAAAUCAGUUCACCCCCAGAAGGGAGCAGAGAUCAGUUUCCGCCACGCCGAAGUGAUGGAAAACGACGAGCUAGGCACCAGGCCCUUGAGAGAUGCGAAGUGCUGCGAUACUAUCAUCGGAUCAGGGGAACCUCUUCUCAACUGGUCGCCCAAGUUCACCUUUCACGGCUUCAGAUAUGUCCAAGUCGAUGGUUGGCCUGGCAGUGGCCCAUCCGAAGACGACAUCCAGGCUCUUGUGGUGCACACGGAUAUGAGACGCAGAGGUUUCUUUGAGUGUUCGAACCCCUACGUCAAUCAACUUCACAAGAACGUAGUCUGGUCUAUGCGGGGUAACUUCCUGUCGAUUCCAACGGACUGUCCUCAACGCGACGAAAGACUUGGAUGGACCGGAGACUUGCAGGUGUUUUGUCCUACAGCAACAUUCCUAUACGAUACGUUGGGCAUCCUAGGCAACUGGCUUGAGGAUGUGGCGGCUGAACAACUGGAAGAAGGCAAAGGAGGAAUUCCUCCUUUGGUUGUUCCCCUGGCUAUCUCUCCUAACUGGCCGCACAUUGCUCAGGCUGUAUGGGACGACGUGACUGUUCUCGCGCCAGACGCGUUAUACCAAUACAGCUCUGAUAAGGGGCUACUUGAGAGGCAAUUCGUCAGCAUGCAAACAUGGCUUGACGAAGGAGUUGAUCGAGCUUCCGACGGUCUUUGGAACCCGGACAAGUGGCAGCUUGCUGACUGGCUUGAUCCAAGUGCACCCCCCGAUGAUCCUGGAAACGGUCGUACUGACAGCAUCCUUGUUGCGAAUGCUUACUUGGUGCACACGACCUUGGUCUUCUCGCGCCUCUGUGCGGCGAUCGGAAAGCUUGAUUUGGCUGCCAGGUAUGCCAGUGAUGGCGAGAGGCUGAAACAACUAUUCCAGAGGCGUUACAUUACGCCCGAAGGUAACCUGAUGUCGAGUUCUCAGACUGGGCUGUCCCUUGCAUUUCAGUUUGGCCUGUAUCCCGACGACACAUUCCAACGCCAGACUGCGGCAAAUGCUCUUGAGAAGCUGACUGGCUACACGGAUCUGUCGGCGGCAUCUCACCUCAAGAGCCGGGUUGGAAAGCGAUUCGUGUGGAACCUGUUCCAGGAGGGAACUUGA